AUGGGGGAUUCAAGUGAAAAUCAGUGUCACACAUGCAUGAUGAAAUUGUCACCUGAAAUCACGCCCUCUCCCUUGCAUCUCCUGCUUCCGAUCCAACUCUCCAGCUUCCAACAAGCUUUCAAUUCACAUAUCCACUACUUGCGGGAGUGUAUACGUUUUGAUUCCCAAUUCAUAGAUAAAUUCGAUCCGCCAAUAUCAACGACUGUGGCUUCAUCCAUCGAAUCCAACACUGGCAUAGGUGGUCAUGCAGGGCGAAAAUCCAAAAGAUCGGAUCGUGUUUCUACAUGCGACGGGCAAGGCGAUAGCGUAAGGAAGGCAUGGUCUAAGAAAGUAGCUUCUCCAGAGGUCGAUAGGAAUAAGGUCCGUCCAACACAAUUUCUUGCUCUCCCUCUCGUAAGUCCUACUCAAUUCAACUCAGUGAAGAACAACCACCCCACUCUAUGCGCCAAAAUUGGCACUUUCCAAAAUGUGUUGCUAGCACAAGGGCGUCCCAAUCCUCAAUCAAGACCCAUUGGCGGGCUCGACAAAUACAUCGUGAUCAACCCAAGAAGGCUAAAUCUUACUCUCGGCAUGAUGGCGCUCGAGGACGACAAUUCAGAUCCAAGCCCAUCCACACCAACCAAGAAAACACCACAAAAUGCACUUGCACUCUUAGCUUCCCUCCGCCCAUAUAUCUCAGACAUCCUCAAUGGCGACGAGGGGGAGAAAUUAACAUUAAACGAGAUGGGGUGGUUCCCUGAAGGCCGGGGAACGGCAAGGCUAAGAAGCCCUAAAAGUUUAAACAAGAAGGAUGUAUCAUCGAAACACGACCACCCAAAGUUCGUCUUUUUUUCCCUGGUUUUCCACAAGACUAGUACUCAAGACGGUGGCGUUUUCCAGCUACAUUACACGAUCCUCAACACGAGCUAUCGAGAACCCCAGAACUUUAGACUAGGAUUGGACAUUGAGGAUGUUUUGGUGAGCGACGCUAUGCGGAAAUUGUUAGCAGGCAAUGCGUCAGAAAUGCUAGUGAAUGCGGGAAACGUGAAAGUGGACUCUUUGGGGACGUACAAUGUGCGUGAGGUUCAGUUGUGGGUUAUGGGAAGCCAUGGACCUGAUAAUGAGUAUUACUCUGGCAGCCUUUGA